AUGCCAUCUUUGUUUGCUCUGGUAGGCGUGGCCAGUGCCGCCUUGGCUAUCGCAGCAUUGGUAUACUUGUACUUCUUCUAUGUCGACUAUCCCAAGAUCAAAGGCAUUCCCGAAGCUCAUGGCGGGGACCUGCUUGCUGGUCAUUUCUACCAAUUGGGAGCCGACCAUGCCGUGACGGCGGAGAGGUGGUCGAAGGAGAACAAUUGGCCCGUCUUCCAGAUACGAAUGGGAAGGCGGCGUGCCGUAAUUCUCAACUCUUUCAAUAGCUCUCGCGAAUGGAUGGUCAAGAACCAGACGGCAACGGUGGACCGGCCGUGGUUUCAUACCUUUCACGGGGUUGUUUCCGCUACCUCAGCUGCUACUAUUGGUACGAGUCCAUGGAAUGAGCGCACAAAGAAGCAGAGACGAGUCGUUGGCUCCUUCACCACUGGGCCCUCGAUCCAGAAGAUGCGAUCAUUACUAGACCUUGAAACUGCGGCCAUGAUCUCUGGCCUUUAUUACGAUAGCGAGAAAGGAGAGAAGGAAAUCAUGCCGCAUGUGUAUGAGAAGCGCGUCUCACUGAACGUCAUGACCAUGUUCUGCUACAGCACGAGGUUCACUUCUGUCGACGACCCAAUGUUGCUUCAGAUUCUUGAAGAUGCUACAACUAUUGCGAGUUUCCGGUCCACUGUUGCUAACCCUCAAGACUUCAUCCCGCAUUUGCGAUACCUCUCAAGUAAUUCUCGGAACGAUGAGGCUGUCACUGUUCGCGCCCGCCGUGACGAAUGGCUGAAGCGAAUGCUCGAAGAAGCCCGGUCGAGAGGGCCUGUAGAGGGAGCGACUCGGAAGAGUGUAGCGGAGAUGCUGCUGACUGAAGGGGCCCAGGAGGGGUUGACUAUUCUUGAUGUCAAGACUAUCUUGGGUGGGCUCAUGUCUGGCGGCUUCGAGACAAUCUUCUCCACUGCCAUCAUUGCCAUAGGUGUUUUAGCAUCGCCAGCAGGACAGGCUAUUCAACAGCAGGCAUACGACGAUAUAAUGAGCGUCUAUGACACGCCCGAGGAUGCGUUUGAGCGCUGUCUCACAGAAGAGAGAUCACCUUACAUCAUGGCCUUGGUGAAGGAGUCCCUGAGAUUCUUCCCUCCGCUAAAGCUGCUCCCGGCUCGGCAAACCUACAAAGAGUUUGAGUACAACGGCGCUACCAUUCCGAAAGGUGUGCUUGUCUACAUUAAUGCACAGGCUGCCAAUCGAGAUCCGGAGAUCUUUGGUGAAGAUGCCGACAAGUUCCGACCCGAGCGAUGGCUCGACACCUCGAGGGAGAUCCCCCCUCCGUACCAUUAUGCGUACGGCGCUGGGUCGCGCAUGUGCACUGCCGUAAACUUUGGUAACCGGGUGCUCUACGCUAUCUUUCUCCGUCUCAUUGUCUCGUUCAAGCUCACGGAAAGCAAAUCGAUGCCAGCAAACACGGACUAUAUCGGAUAUAAGAGAGAUCCGUCCGAGUCAAAUGCUAUCCCAUCCGACUUCAAGGUCAAGCUGAACCCGCGGAAUAAGGACACUCUCGAGAAGUGCCUGGCUCAAUCCGAGCAGAACGUCGCGGCUCUGGCGACAGGUGGGGCUGCUGAGGCACUCUUGAGGUGA